AUGCCUGGCACUAAGAAAGAAACUAAAAAAGAAACUUCUGAAACCAAAGAUAAAGUAGAAAAGAAAAUGAGUAAGAAAAAAACAAAUACUAAAAAACCAAGAAGAGUUGUUAAGAAGCCAAAGACAACUAAAAAAGCUAAGAAACCAUUAAGUGCUUAUAUUCUUUUUACUCAAGCAAAAAGAGAAGAGAUUGCUGCUACUCUUAAAGAUGGAGAAAAGAUUAAUGCUAAACUUGGUGAAGUUUGGAGGGCUAUGAGUAAAGAAGAAAAGCAACCAUUCUUUGAUUCUUAUAAAAAGAGUAAAGAAGAAAUGGAAAUUGCUGCUCAAGCUAAAAAGGAAAGUGCUUCAAGAGGUUUAAAAGCUGCUCGUGCUGCUGCAAAGGCAAAAAAGGAAGCAGAAGUUAAAACUGAUUGA